GUAAUCUUGUGUUCUCUUGCAGAUCAUUGAGUAUUUCUAAACUGAAAUUUCUUUGCUCCACUUGCUUUCCACACCUCUCGAAGUGUUCAGCUGUCACCUGUAGGAGUAUGACGAUGGGUGGUAGAACAGAACUGCUUAUCUGAAAUUUUUUGCUUUCUGAAGAUGGAUAUGUUUGAUGCAAUUCCCAGUGAUUCCUGCCCACACACAAACACUGCUUUAAUCGGUUGCUUUUAAAGUAAAUUGGGAUUCCUCAGUAUUUUUCUAGUUUGCUAAUAAACUAGCUUAUUCUACUGUUUAGUUUAGGAAAUGGGUAAAAAUGCUAGAGAAUUCAGGCCCAGCUGCAGGGUCUGAGGCUCAGUUACCAAAUCUGAGGCAUUCCCUCUAGCUUUGGACAGAUAGUGGUGAGUCAGGAAUGGGAACCUUGGAGAGAAGACUGUAUUGACGAGGACAAGCAUUACAGAUAGGUAAUCUUCUCUCUUCUUUUCUUAUAGGUUUGGAAGAACAUUAUUCUCGGGCAGUGAACGUUCUGCACUUUUGAACAGUGCUACUUGAAGGAGUAAAAGGAAUUGAUAGUUGUCACUUCCUUCCAAUUCUUUUUUUGUACUUGAACUUCUUCCUUGCUCUGGCUUUUCAACUGAGAAAGGCCAUGAGCUCAGGUCAACGCAAGCGCCGUGGAGGAGCAGUUAAUUCCAGGCAAAUUCGGAAGCGAAACAGGCUAAUGGCUUCUACAGCAGAAAUGGCUUCAGAAGCAGAGCCAAUAGAGCUUGAAGAAAGUGCUGGUGAAGAAGUAGUAGACCUCACAUGUGAAUCUUCUGAUCCUGUAGUUGUUGAUCUCACUCACAAUGAUUCUGUUGUGAUUGUUGAAGAGAAUCAAGGACAAAGGAGAAAUCUGAGACUCAGAAGCCAGCGACAGUCAGACAGCUGUGUAUUAAGUAGCGAUGAUGAAGAUGAAACAAGAGACAAUGAUGUGUAUGUGACACAUAAACUGUCUCGAGAAUUGAGGCCACUGGAAGAUGAAACUGCAAGUUCAAAGCCGUCUGGUACCGUUAGCUGUCCAAUUUGCAUGGAUUUCUACUCAGAGAUUGUGCAAAGCGGACGACUGAUUGUGUCAACUAAAUGUGGCCAUGUCUUCUGCAGUCAGUGUCUCCGUGAUUCCCUAAGGAAUGCCAACUCUUGCCCAACCUGCAGGAAGAAACUCACUCACAGACAAUAUCAUCCCAUUUAUAUAUGAGUACUUAUUUUUCUCAGGACAGACUCCACUGGGAUGUUGAGGAAUAUGUCAUGGGUUCAGAGUUCUGAAGAAUUAAAGAGCGGCAGGUUCUGCAAAUCCAAA